GUCAUUCGUUUUACACCAGAGACUUCAAAGGCUUCUGAACAUGUACGGACAGCCGUCGCGCGGCGGCGGCCGUACGCCGUUCCCAACAGGCGCCAACUUUAAUCGAAACCCUAAUCCAUACUAUCCGCAGAGUCCCAAUGUCUUCCCUAAUCCCUUCCAAAACCCUUAUUUACAAUAUCAGAAUCCUAGCUUUCCAUUCCCAAACCCCAACUUUCAGUUCCAGCCUCAGCCUUCGAGGCCGACGUCUGGCGUCGAGAGGAUCGAUAAGGCAGUGCUGAAGGCUCACCGCGAAAUUCUCGCAACCGGAGAGGUUGUGUCAGCAUGGAAAGUGUCUCAAGCAGCUCUGGUAAUACUCCAGGCUGACACCUGGGACUCUUUGGGUUUCCAAAUGCAGCAAGUGCCCUCUCUUCACCGCCUUAUGCUCACCGAAGGAAAGAUUAAUGCCUUCAUUCACUGCUUUGUUGGUGCUCGAAGAAUUACAACAUUGCAUGAUUUGGAAAUUGCAAUAUGCAAUACAGAGGGGGUUGAGCGGUUUGAGGAUCUGGAAUUGGGGCCUUUGGUGAAACACCCAUUAAUUAUACAUUAUUUUUCAGUCAGUGCUGAUGUCACAGAAGUUUGCAGAAUAACAAGUGAAGAGAUAGUGGCAUUGCUUUCUGAAUUCAUGGAUAUGAAUAAACAAAGAAAAAUAGAAGUUGAGGAGCUUUUGGAUUUUAUUGCAAAGAAGAAAUCUGUAAUAGCUAAGGAAAAGCUUGGUGUGCGAAUUCAGAGCUUGGGGAUGCAUAUCACAUUAAUCCGACAAGCAUGGCAGUUAGAAAUCACGACCGUGACUAAAUAUAUUGAGAGGCUAACAAGGGAAUCUAGUAAAGAGACCACAAACCGUUCUCUAUUAUCCUCACAGAAAAAGCUGAUGGAUGAACAUUUCAAUGCUAUAUCAGAGCGUGUCAAAUCAUUUUCAUCUGCUAAUGGAAUUCAUUGUGGAAAACACAUAAAGUUUGUAUCUUCCUGUUCCGAGGAUAGUGCCAGUGAUGAUGACAAAUCUGAAGAUGAACGAAAUGAUGCACAAAAUGAAAACAAUAAAAGCUCUGACAGAGUGAGUACUUGUCCGUAUCCAUCAGUUGCUGAAGAAAUUACACGGCUGGGAUGUAGCAACAAUGGUAAACAAUCCAAAAGAAAGAGAAAGUAUAGCAAUAUUCAGAGCCCUGUUACUUCACCUCAAAAAGUGCUCAAAACAAAAAGGAUCCAAACACCAUUCAGUAGGAAAGAGCGGAAAAAAAAUUCUGCCGGCAUAAAGGAUAAAUGGCUAGUGAAGCAAGAACCAACUGAUUCAAUUGAUUGCUCAUAUAGCAGUGAUUCAAUGAAGAUGUUCAUUACCACUUGGAAGGAGACAUGUCAAGCAAACAAUGUGGAUGAGGUGUUUGAGAAGAUGAUUCAAUUUUAUAGGACAACGAAGAGAACAACAGCAAGAAAAUUGUUUUCCUCAUACCCAUUUGUUGGCUUGCUUCAUAUUGCUGUAACAUCUAUUAAAAAUGGAAUGUGGGAUAGCAUCUAUGAUACCUUCCAAAGUUUCAGCCAACUUGAUGUAGCAAACACAGUUUCUGAGAAUUGUUCUGAUUUUAUAUCCAUUGAUGUUGAAUCACCUAGAAGGAAAGUAUCCAGUCUUUCUCCAAAACUUUUGGCACGUGAACAUGGUGUCUCAGUUGAGGAUAUUGUGGGCAAAAUUUCUUCAUAUCUAGAGGUUGACAAUGACAGAUUUAACUCCAUUAGUUUAUGCACAGAUAAGUUCAUUAUCCUGAGGAAACUCUGUAAGCUUGAAUCUUGGCUGUCGGAGCAGUUCUCUACUAAGGGAUUUGAAUCACUUGGUUAUGGGGAUAUAUGGUCAUUCAUGGAAAAACACAUGCAUCUUUCUGUACAUGCUUUGCAAAAGAGCUUAAGAGGUGAUACUUCUGAGAAUAUUCCUUUGAAGGCCUCAAUGCUUGAGCUUCAGUGGGAUGUUUUACUGUCACAGGCUUUGCACCGGUUAUUGGACAAUGAAAAGUUAAACAUGAAAAAGGUUUCAGAGUUGCUAGCUAGACAAUUUCCUUUAGUAUGUUUUCAGUUGGUGCAGAGUGAUUCAUUGGUAGAAUUUCAUGAUAUUACAAAGGAGAAAGCUGAUAUGAGCUCGAAGUGUGUAAUAUUUUCUGAAACUUUGUUGAAAACUGAUGCAUUGAGUAAAAGUGGGAGAAAUGUCUCAGAAACAUCUGGCUUGGAAAUUAAUAUAGGAAGUGAAGCUGGUUUUCAUAGUAUGUUAACAUCCAAAGGUGCUAUGGAAGUUUUGCUCAAUGCUCCAAUGCUGACAGAUCUAAGCUUGUGGUCACACUGGGACAUUGUAUUUGCUCCUUCGCUUGGUUCUCUUGUUGGUUGGUUGUUGAAAGAUGUUAAUAACAAACAGUUGUUAUGUUUGGUGACAAGAGGUGGAAAAGUAAUUCGGGUAGAUCAUGCUGCAACCACUGAAUCAUUCUUAGACGUUCUUCUGCAAAGAUCUCCUUUUGAAACCGCAGUGAAGCUGUUAUCUUUGUUAGCUUUAUAUGGGGGUGAACAAAAAGUUCCUUUGGCCCUCCUCAAAUGCUACACUCGUAAGGCAUUUGAAGUUUUCUCGAAAAAUUUUUUGGAGAUGGAUUCAAUUGAUAAUCAGAGUAUGCCAAUUGGUUUAAAUACUGGCUCACUGAGAAGUGAGACCAAAGUUGGAAGAGCCAAGUCUGUUGCAUCAAGAUUUAUACUUGAGUGUCUGGACUAUCUACCUGUUGAGUGCUGCUCUUUUGCUGUUGAUAUUUUGCUCUCUGGUUUGCAGCAGUUUACAAAAGAUGCUCCUUCAGCUGUGCUGGAUGAAUGCAAAAAGAUUGAAGAGCGUGUCAUGCUUCAUGAAAUAGGGUUUUCACUUGGUAUUGUGGAAUGGAUUAAUGAUUACCGCACAUUUUCUGCUUCGUCAUCAGUGACUAGCUUAUCAAUGUUUUCUGAAUCUUCAUGCCUACAAGACAACAAACCUGAGCUAAACACCAGCUCAAAUCUAUUGCAAAUAGUAUCAAAGGAAAGUCCCGUUUCUGAAGUUAAAAAGGAUUUCUCCUUUGAGACAGCGCUGCAUGAUGGAGAUCAUAGAGAAAUGAGUCACAUUAAUAAUACUUCUGCUGUUUCUGUUGAUUGUUUGGGUGGAGGUCCCCCACAUCACUUGUAUGACCUUGACCUUGCUCCAGCCCAGUUUAUUGAAUCUAUCAGGCAGGAAGAAUUUGGUUUGAAUCCAGAUAUUUCAUCUGUUGAAAGUGAAUUAUUGAAUAAGCAGCAUGCCCGGUUAGGCAGAGCACUCCACUGUCUCUCACAGGAGUUGUAUUCUCAGGAUUCACAUUUCCUUCUGGAACUGGUUCAGAAUGCUGAUGACAACAUCUACCCUGGGAAUGCUGAACCCACAUUGACAUUCAUUCUUCAGGAUAGUGGUAUUGUAGUGCUAAACAAUGAGCAAGGAUUUUCUGCCAAAAACAUCAAAGCACUUUGUGAUGUUGGGAAUUCCACAAAGAAAGGACAUAAUUCUGGAUAUAUUGGGAAGAAAGGCAUUGGUUUCAAAUCAGUGUUUCGGGUCACUGAUGCUCCAGAAAUUCAUUCCAAUGGUUUUCAUAUUAAGUUUGAUAUAACUAAGGGACAGAUAGGUUUUGUUUUGCCAACUCUUGUUCCUCCUUGUGACAUUGAUUUGUAUACCAGACUGGUUUAUACAGAUACUGAGCCCAUCACUUCUAACUGCUGGAAGACAUGCAUUGUCCUCCCUUUUAGAUCAAGUAUGUUAGAAGAUUCUGCUAUAAAUAACAUUGCAUCGAUGUUUUCAGAUCUUCACCCAUCUUUGCUUCUUUUUCUUCACCGCCUUCAAUGUAUCAAGUUCCGAGACAUGCUCAGUAAUUCAUUUAUUGUUAUGAAGAAAGAAGUAGUCGGCGAUGGGAUUGUUAGAGUUUCCUGUGGUAAGGAGAAAAUGGAUUGGCUUGUGGUAUCCCAUAAAUUACGGGCUGAUGUAAUUCGUUCUGAUGUGCAAACAACAGAAAUAUCCGUGGCUUUUACAUUGCAGGAGACAGUUGAUGGAAAUUACAACCCAUACCUGAACCAACAGCCUGUUUUUGCUUUUCUUCCUCUGAGAAAAUAUGGCCUGAAGUUUAUUAUUCAGGGUAACUUUGUUUUGCCUUCAUCCAGGGAAGAAGUUGAUGGAGAUAGCCCUUGGAAUCAGUGGCUACUCUCUGAAUUUCCUGACCUGUUUAUUAAUGCAGAGAAAUCAUUUUGCAAUCUUCCAUGCUUUAGAAAUAAUUUAGCAAAGGGUGUUGCAGCAUAUAUGAGUUUUGUUCCCCUUAUAGGGGAAGUGCAUGGAUUUUUUUCUAGUCUUCCUCAGAUGAUUCUUUCUAAACUGCGGAUGUCCAACUGCUUGAUUCUAGAGGGUGAGGAGAAUGAGUGGGUUCCUCCUUGCAAAGUUCUGAGAAAUUGGACUGAACAGGCUCGCGCUCUUUUGCCUGAUAGCUUGCUGCGUGAGCAUCUUGGCCUUGGUUAUUUGCAUAAAGAUAUAGUUUUAUCUGAUUCAUUAGCAAGGGAUCUGGGCAUUGAGGAAUAUGGACCCAAAGUUCUUAUCCAGAUUUUAUCUUCCUUGUGUUGUAUGGAGGAUGGUUUGAAAUCCAUGGGCUUGCCUUGGCUAUCAGCAUGGCUAAAUUCCAUCUAUAUGAUGUCAUCCUCAAUCUCUGGGCAAAGUUCACCUGAAUCUGGGAUAGGAUCAGAUCUCAUAAAGACCCUGAGAAAAAUUCGAUUUAUUCCUCUUUCAGAUGGCAAAUUUAGCUCAAUCGAUGAAGGUCCUAUUUGGUUGCAUGCUGAUGCAUUGAGCACUGGCGUUAGUGACAAGUAUGGACUAGACAAUUUCCCAAGGUUGUAUGCUGGACUUAGAAUUGUGAAUUCUGCCCUAUUUUCUGCAGAUACAGCUAAUGAAGCAUUGUGCUUUCAAGGAUAUCCUGUAGAAAACAUAUCAAGGAUGCUGUACAGAGUUGGUGUCCAGCAGUUAUCUGCACAUGAAAUAAUAAAGAUGCACAUUCUACCUUCUUUUUCUGUUGGUCAACACACCUUAGCACAUAAUGAACUAAUGACUGAUUAUCUAUCUUUCUUGAUGUUCCACCUACAAUCAAACUGCCCCAUCUGUCAUGUGGAAAAAGAUCUUAUCAUUGGUGAAUUACGUAACAAAGCUCUCAUUUUAACAAAUCAUGGUUACAAGCGAUGUGCAGAGGUUCCAAUCCAUUUCAGCAAAGAAUAUGAGAAUCCUAUUGAUAUGAAGCAGUUAGUAGUGGGAAUUAGUGUGGAGUGGCUUGAAGUACAUAAUAUCUAUCUAAAGCAUCCAAUUACACAAUUGCUGCCAGGAGGAAUUUCAAAGUGGAGAAACUUCUUCAUGGAAUUGGGAAUCACUGAUUUUGUUCAAAUUGUUCAGGUUGAGAAAAGCAUUGGUGAUCUAUCUCCCAUGGUUCUACAGAAUAUAACAUGGGAUAAGGACUUAAUUUCUGGAGGGUCAAAUGUCAAAGAUUGGGAAUCUACAGAAUUGGUUCAUUUGCUAUCACAACUGUCUGCUAAUCAUGAUAAAGAGAAAUCAAAGCAUCUUUUGGAGAUCCUUGAUUCAUUAUGGGAUGAUUGUUUCAGUGAUAAAGUCAAAGGUUUCUUUUUUAGUUCCAAUGGAGAAAAGAAAGUCUUUGAGUCUUCGUUUGCCAGCAGCCUCUGUAAUACACGGUGGAUUGUCUCGAGGAUGGAUGAUGAGCUCCACCAUCCCAAAGACUUGUUCUAUGAUUGCGAAGCAGUGCAUUCAAUUUUGGGUGCCUUUGCACCUUAUGCUGUUCCAAAGGUGAGGAGCAAGAAGUUGGUGAGUGCGAUUGGUUUGAAAACUCAAGUUACAGUUGAUGAUGCUUUGUCUAUUCUUAAGGUUUGGACAAGAUCUGAAUCAUCUUUUAGGCCCAGGUUGUCACAAAUGUCUAAAUUCUACACAUUCAUAUGGAAUGAAAUAGCUACUUCUGAGCUACGAGUCGUGAAUGAUUUAUGUGAUGGUCCUUUCAUAUUUGUCCCACACAUAUCUGGUUCUUUGCCUGAGGAUGCUAUAUCUGGUGUAUUUUUAUCACGUAAAGAAGUCUAUUGGCACGAUUCAACGGGGUUUACUGACCAAAUGAAAAUGGUCCGUCCUGAACGUGUCACGGGGUUGACUCAAUGCCCUGUUGCUAAAAUGUUAUGUGGUGUGUAUCCUAGCCUCCAUGAUUUUUUUGUGAAUAUGUGUGGAGUGGAUGAGUUCCCUCCUUUCCAUGGCUACCUUCAGAUUUUGAUGCAGUUGUCAGCUGUUGCUUUACCUUCAGAGGCAGCUAAGACUGUUUUCCAGGUAUUUCUGAAGUGGUCUGAAGAAUUGAAAUCAGGUUUGCUUAGCUCUGAUGAUAUCAAGUGCUUGAAAGAUAAUCUUCUGCAAAAGGACUUUAUGGUGCUUCCCACAGUACAGGAUAAAUGGGUAUCUUUGAACCCUUCUUUUGGCAUCAUAUGUUGGUGUGAUGAUGAUAAGUUAAAGAAAGAAUUCAAGCAUUAUGAAAACAUCGACUUUUUAUACUUUGGAGAACUUAAUAGCGAGGAAAAGGAAUUGCUUCACUCCAAGGUCUCAACUUUCAUGCAAAAGCUAGGCAUCCCUGCAAUUUCUGAGGUUGUAAUUCGUGACGCAAUAUAUUAUGGUGUGUCUGACCCUAGCUUUGUUGCUUCACUGGUCAACUGGGCUCUUCCAUAUGCUCAGCGCUAUAUAUACACCAAUCAUCCCAAAAGAUUUUCUCAGCUCAAGCAAUCUGGAUUUGAAAACCUGAGAUGUCUAAAGAUUGUUGUUGUAGAAAAGUUGUUCUACAGAAAUGUGAUUAAAGGAUAUGAAAUGCGAUCCCAGAAAAGGUUCGAGUGCAACUCCCUUCUAAAGGACACUGUAUUGUAUGUUUCUCGAGAAUUAGAUUCACACUCUGUAUUUAUGGAACUUUCUCGCUUCAUCGGUGGUGGAACCCCUGAUCUGAACUUGGCCAAUUUUCUUCACAUGAUCACAACCAUGGCAGAAUCAGGUUCAACUGAGGAGCAGACUGAAUUCUUCAUUAUAAAUAGCCAGAAAAUGCCAAAACUCCCUGAAGGAGAACCAGUUUGGUCCCUUUCAGAUAGUGCAUUUUCAAUGGAAAAUGAGGAGGCAGUGAAGACUAGCCUUGAAUUCGGAGCAACUAAUGAACCAAAUCCAGUCAAGUUCAAGAAGAAACCAGGGAUAAAUUCUAAUUGGCCACCUGCAGACUGGAAAACUGCACCUGGUUUUCAUUCUUCCCGUGCAUUUAAAUUAAAAACACAAGCAGGCAAUGGUGACCAAGUUUUAAGGGAGGAUGAGGUGGCAGAAAUUAUGAGGCAUCCAGAAAAACAUCCUCUUGCCCCAGUUGAGAUAAAUUAUAAAGGAAUCAUUGAAGAAAAUUCAACAUCAAGUUUACCUGGGGCGGGUGCACAAGUUGCUGGAAUUUCAGAAGAUAGAUCGUCAGAUAUUGCCAUUGCUAAUUUUACACCUGGUAUGAAUAUGGGCUUUGAUUCUUUUCAUGUUGUGACUACAUCAGAAGAUACAGUUUCAGCUUCAAAGUUGUCUAAUUUGAGAGAUGGAGGUCAGCUAUCUCUCAGCCCAGCCGAUGCUCAACAGGCACUUUUAACGGGUAGACUAGGAGAAUUUGUUGCUUUCAAUUACUUCAGUGAAAAAGUUGGUAAAGCAUUUGUGAAGUGGGUGAACGAAACUUUUGAGACUGGGCUGCCUUAUGACCUUGUCCUGGGAGAUGAGGAAUACAUAGAAGUGAAGGCAACCAAAAAUGUGAGAAAGGAUUGGUUCAUAAUAACUGCAAGGGAGUGGCAAUUUGCAGUUGAAAAAGGUGACCUUUACAGCAUUGCACAUGUCAUAUUAUCAGCCACCAAUACAGCUACAGUCACAGUAUACAAAAAUCCUGCCAAACUCGUCCAGCUUGGUAAGCUGCACUUAGCCAUUACAAUCAAUUAAGUUCUAUUCUUAGACAUUCUCCAGAAUGCUGGAAUUCUGGUGAUUCUUCAUUAAAUGAGAGAUCCGAAGAAAACAAACUCUAUUUACUAGACAGAUGAUGGGGAUGGGAUAUGAGCAGUGUUAGAUUUUUUGAUAUAGGAUGCUGAGCUUGAUUCAAUGCGGCGAAAUUUCAUUUAGAGAUGUAUCAUUGUAUCAAAUAUAGGAGCAGGCAGGAAGUAGGUAAAUAAUGUAGUUUAUAGUGAUACUGGGGUAGUGGGAAAGGUGGUCUUUGUUUUUUUUUUUGGCCCCCCAAAAAAGUUUUGUUUACUGAUAUAUGUUUAAAUAUACGGAGUACAUGUUUUGCUUUAGCUUGUAGUGUUGUAGACGGAAUUCAUUAGAGAUAUCUAAAGCAGUACACUGAAUUACAGUAUUAAUCUUUUAGUUAUUCGAAGAUGAAUUACAUUUAUCGUUAAUAUC